CAGAGACAUAACAGAGAGCAUGGCAGACGCAGUAGAAUCAACUGACAUGAAUUUAAAAGAUGUUGUCUUCAAAUUAUGUGAUAGGAAUGAGAAAAUGAUAGCUGCUUGGAAAACAGAAUUUGAGGAGCACAUUGCAUCAAAUAGAGUACAGGUUUGUGAAAGCCGUGACAUCUUCAAAGAUAGAGCUCCCUGUGCAGAUGCUAUUGUAUCACCUGCAAACAGUUUUGGUUUUAUGGAUGGUGGCAUAGAUAUGGCAUAUAGCAAGCAUUUUGGCUGGCAGCUACAGAGACGUCUCCAAGAAGUCAUUAGGAAGGAAAAGUAUGGGGAAUUAUUAGUGGGAGACGCAGUGAUCAUUCCAACAUUUGAGCAUGGUAUUGACUCGGAAGAAGUACAAGAGCUCCAAAAGAGAGAUGAUUGGGCGAAAUGCAAUGAAGGUCAACCAAUCAAAUUCAUGAUAUCUGCUCCUACUAUGCGUGUUCCACUAGAUGUAUCAAAAACAGUCAAUGCUUAUAGUACAUUUCGUGCAGUCAUCAUAGCAGUCAGUCAGCAUAAUGAGACAGCUGAGAGUACAGAUCAGAUCAGAAGUGUACUUUGCCCAGGUCUAGGCACCGCUAUAGGGACCAUGCCUCACCAGAGAUGUGCGCAUCAGAUGAGAAAAGCACUUGAGAUGUAUGUGCUAGGGAGAGAUGAGCAUAUAAGGAACCCAAAAGAUCUAGGAACUGUUUGGAAAGAGCAUGACGAUAUGACUGAGUUUGGUCAUGCUGAUAUCCCUCCACCCCCAAAAGAGGGAAAAGUGCAAAAGUGGUCACUAUUUGGGUUGUUCUAAUACAAUACCAACAGAAACAUCACAAAACAUGAAAUAUCAAGCUUUCUGACAAGUAUUGGAGAGGUGAUAACCAUCUUACUCAUGAGCUAAUAAAAAUGCUUCUCAUUGAAUCUAACACAAUUCCCCAGGAUAUCAUUGAACACUGAGACAAUGUGGGACAUUACAAUCCAUUGGAAAAAUGACUACCCUAUGAAUUACAUGGGAACAAUGUUUCGUCUAUGAACAUCUGAAUUUUCGAUGUGCCCAAUGGUCAUUUUCUUAUAUACAUGGUGGGUCAAAAAUGUCCAUCUUUUUCUAUAUCUUUGUAUAUAAUACUUUUGUGCUUGGAAUACACAUAUUUAUCCCAUACUUGAGGUCAAACAUGCGCUUAUAAAAUGGAUUGAAAUAAGUGAUAACAUACAGAGAAUGUUCUACAUUGAAAACU